UUCAGCGGGCCUUUCAGCGAGCUGGGUUUGUGGUCUUGUGCUUCAUAAAAUAUGAUAUUUGAAUAAUUAACAAGUUAAUUUGUAGAAUUAAAUAUGUGUAAGCUUAACCCUUUUUGUCUUCUACAAUUACUCGGGCGAUAUAAUUGUCUGCAAGCUCAUCAGAUCUGGAUCAGAUAGUUGUGGUCUUUUAAUCUUGAUCUUCUUCAACCACUCAGGACCAUGUCCAUCUCGGAGGAGCAGGACGGCGUCAGGCUGCAGGAGCAGUUCACCUUCUUCACCAAGCCCAAGAUCCAGUGUCGCGUCACACUCACCCAGUCGUAUGUCGAGGUGGAGAACCUCACCACUAAAGUUCUCGAACGGAUUAACGCCGGCGACAUCAUCGGCUGCCACUGCAUGCGUCCCAAGGGCGCGCCGGGCGGCCCGUCGCCGGCGGCCGGCUCCGGCGACCGGGCCGCCGCCGAGUUCCGCGGCACCCAGGUCCGCGAGCUGGACGCCUACAUCUGCAUCUACGCCUACACGUGCAAACGGCGCGGCGACGGUGCCGCCGUACACAUCAAGCGGCGUGCGCACAUCUUCCGCGUGGGCAAGAAGCCGACGUACGAGUCGAACCUGCGGCUGGCCGCCUUCUGGAGGACGCUGGUGCUGUGCGUGGCGCGUGGAGUGGCCAUCACCAAACCGGCGCUGGCGCAGGCAGCGCACGUGGCCGACCUGAUCCCGCCGGUGAAGAAGCUGCUGAUUCUGAUCAACCCGUGCUCCGGACAGGGAUACGCGCAGCAGGUGUUCGGUCAGCGCGUGCUGCCCAUCCUCUCGGAGUCGGACGCGCCGCACGAGGUGGUGGUGACGUCACGCGCCGGCGAGGCCCGUCAGCUGGCGGCAGAGGCCGACCUCAGCCAAUGGUCGGCGGUCGUCAUCGUCUCCGGCGACGGCCUGCUCUACGAGGUGUAUAACGGCAUCCUCAGCCGCGCCGACUGGCACCGCUGGGUGGACUUCCCCGUGGCCCUGGUGCCGGCCGGAUCCGGAAACGGCAUGGCCGCCUCAGUGGCGCACGCCAGUAACCUGCUGCCGGCCUUCCUGCAGAACCCGGUGCUGACGGCCUCGCUGGCGCUGGCCAAGCGGCUCCAGCUGCAGGUCGACCUGAUGAUGGUGCGGACACAGACAGAG